UAAACUUUUACUCCGCCUCGCAGGCAGGAUUAAAAUGCCAAUGCGCGGUCCGAGGGGGAGUUAAAAUCAACCAGAAACACUUCCAAAUUGGGCCAGACCAGAACAAGACAAGGCACAUACUUCUACGAGCAACAUUAAAGAUGUCAGACACCGAGAAGACCAAUCCAGAGGGAGUUGUCCAUAACGGGGACCAGCAGAAUGUUGUUUCCCGAGUAAGCAACUUACCGUUGGUGAGUUCUGCUUGCGGUGCGGUUUGCAACGCGUACACUAGCACCAAAGAUAGCGUGCCCAUGCUAAAGGGAGUGAUGGACGCGGCCGAAAGCGGUGUCCGGAACAUCGGAGCGGCCGCCGCCACGGGAUCAAAACCUCUUUUGAACAUUAUAGAACCGCAACUGGCGACAGUGAAUGAAUACGCGAUGAAAGGGCUCGACAAGAUGGAGGAGAAGCUGCCGAUUCUUCAACAGCCAGCAGAAAAGGUGGUGUCAGACACGGUUGGAAUGGUUUGCCAGUCAGUAACCGGUGCCAAAGACGCCGUGGUCGGGGCCGUGAUGGGUGGCGUGGAGAAGACCCGGGCGGCCGUCAGCGGCGGCAUCAGCACCAUGAUGGGAACCAGCGUUGGCCAGAUGGUGAGCAGUGGCGUAGGCAUGGCUCUCAGCCGCUCUGAGGAUUGGGUGGACCAUAACCUGCCGCUCACUGAGAGAGAGCUGGCUGAGGUGGCGGAGCCCAACAUUAAUGAGGUCUCAUCAGCCAGCCCGAGCUACUUUGUACGUCUAGGGAAGCUUUCUGCCAAAGUGCAGGAGAGAGCCCUCCAGCAAUCCCUAGUUCGUGCCAGACGAGCCAGAGACAGCACACGCGCUGCGGUGGCCCAGAUGACCAGCACACUGGACCUUCUCGAGAGUGCCCGGGCCAGUAUGGCUUCAGGCGGCAACCAAAUCGGAGGCGCAAUAGAGCAGCUGCAGCAGCGCUGGACUGAGUGGAGCCAGAAGCAACGAGACGGUGGGGAGGCUGAAAUGGAGUGGAUUCAGAAGAAACCUGCAAGUGAGCAGGCUGAACCUGAGUUGGUCAAGAAGCAACCUGGAAGUGGGGAGGCUGAUUCUGAGGGGAGCAAGGAUGAAGCAGAGCGUUUGGAGUGGCGGGUGCUCUCAAUGGCGCGAGGUCUGAGCGAGCAGCUGCGUACAGCGAGUGCCAAUGUGGUCUCGAGCGCUCAGGGUUUACCGGGAACCGUCCAGGACCAGCUCACCAAAGCCAGACGCUCUGCUGAUGAGCUUCAAGCUUCUCUAUUGGACACCAGCGCCCUCACGCCCCUCCUGCUGGAGAGGAGCCGUCACCACUUGACCCAAGUUCAACAGUCCCUAGAUGGUGUCACAGAGUACUUACUGAACAACACACCACUCAACUGGUUGGUGGGACCUUUCGCCCCGAUGAUCACGGAGAGGAUGGCGGGAGAAGAAGAGGCUGCUGGGUCACCUCAGCAAAAGUCUAAUGUUUCCUAAUCGCAAUUUUGCAUUUACAGUUAUUGUAAUUGUUAUAUAGAUAUAUGUAGAUUUGAAUCACAGGGUGAGUCAUUAUCAUCAAAUGGGGCCUUUGAAAUGUAUUAAUUUCACUCUCAAAAUCUUGAGAUUUUCCAUUGAACUUUAUUUAGUAAUGCAAAUUUUCUACUUUUUUUUAAUUAAUUUAAGUAGACAAAUCAUACAGGUAGGAAAAAAACAAGCAAGUAAUUCUAAUAAGGGUAGUGGUAAUGACCCAAAUUUGGCUUUAGCUGUACUUUAUGUGGUCCACAAUAUUUCAUAAAUGCCUUUCCUAUGCACCCAACUGUGCACUUUAUUAUUUAAAAGCCUGAUUUUCCGCCUGUUGAUUUGAAGUGUCCUUGUAACUUGGCUUAAGCGCACUUUUUGUAAUCUUUUGUUUUUAACACUUUAUAGGACGCUGAUUUAAAUAUGAAAUGAAAAAAAUAAAAACCAGCGUGUUUUGGCAGCCAAACCCAAA